AUGAUGAUGUAUACCUAUCAUCUUAUUCCAUGUAUGUUCAUAUACAUGGAUGAUAUGAAUAUACCCGAGGUAGUUCAUUUAAAUCAUAUGUAUAAAUAUAUAAUAACAUACUAACCUACAAAAAUGAUACUACUUAUGAAUAGUAUUUGAUGAUAUAAUAUAUACACUUACUUCAUUACAAAGGUCAUCUUGAAUAAACUACAUUACCCUUGAACUAUACAUUAAUCUUAUCAUUACUAGUUCUAUUCACAUACAGUGAUAUAAAAAUUGUUGAUGAUUUGAAUGGAUAAACCUUUUUUUGUAAUGCGAAUAAUUCCAUGGAUACAAUGUAGAUAAUACAGGCGAAAAAAAGAACAAACAAAGUUGCUAAUUAAAUGAAAAUUUUUUUGUUUGCAUUAAGUGAUCCUUCAUUUGUUACUAUGGACUCAUUAUUACAUAAUUACCAGUAAUUUGUCGUUAACUAUAUAUUACACACAAACACACACACAAAUGAAAAUAUUCUACUCAAUUCAAAUUAUACUAUUUAUUAUUAUUAUUACUAUUUCAGUAAUAUAUAAUAAAUUAUUAAUAAAUCAUUAUUAUUAUAUGUAUUAUAUUAUUAUUAACAACAGAAACGAUAUAUCCAAUGUUUCAAUCUAUUGAACAGUACUUACAUCUAUCACCCCCCAUAGAGGAACAUAGGUCACCGAAUAGCACUCAUCAUCAUCAUGCAAAUGUAUCCUGGCCUAUUGAUCAUUAUUCAACAAUAAAUCAAGAAAAGAAGUCAUUGCAUUUAUUGUCAUUAUUAUUAUUAUCAUUAUUGUUGCUAUCCUCAAAUAUGAAUAAAUGGAAACAUCUAUUAUGUAAUACAUUCAAAGUAUUAUAUCAUUAUAUUAAAGAUGUAAUAUUUAUAAUGUUUGGAUUAUAUUUAUAUAUAAUGAUAAGAAAUAUACAAAUAUACAAAUUCAAUCAUCAUCCUCAUCCCCAUAGUGAUAGAUUUCAAUGGUUAUUAUUAUCACUAAGGAAUAAAAUAAAAUACAUUCCUAAGCAACUACUUAAAUGGUUCAAUUCAGUAGUAACCUUAAUGAAGUAUACUCAAAAUUAUAACUAUAAAAUACAUUGUAUAAUAUAUAAAUUAUAUAUGAAUUUUACUGUUAUCAGUAGUAUAUCUCAAAAUUAUUUAAUAUUUAUUUCUAAUAUAUUAAAUCAAUAUAAAGAUUCUAUCUUAUUACAUCAUUAUAAACUAUUAUUAUAUAUCAAUAAUUUAAUACAAAAAUUUUCUUUAGUAACCAUAGCAACACAUAUCAAAUAUUUAAAUAGUUGCUGGGGAUAUUUAUUAAAAAUUUAUUCUAGAUUUAUAAUUAAAUAUCAAUAUAAAAGAAAAUUUAAACAACGAUCUAAUUCAAAUUUAUUAAUUCAUUAUAAUUAUUCAUAUAUAUUAAUAAUAAGUAAAUUUUAUUUAUUAUUACUUAUUAUUAAUACAGUAGUAUGUUUAUCAACAAAAUAUACUAAACAUAUAAAUGUAUCAUUAUUAUUCUUAGAAAAUAACAACAUAGCAACAACAACAACAACAACACCACUACCACCACCACCAACAACAACAACAAAUGAUUACAUGGAUACAAUAAAUGAUAUUUUAGAUACAACAAAUGAUCUAAUAUCGAAUACAUAUAAUAAUCAUCAUCAAGUACAAUCUAUAUAUCAUUUUAAACCACCAGAUGAAAAACGUCCAUGUCGUUAUCGUUUUCGUGAUGAUGUUGAAACUAGUACAUUAUUAGCUGAUUAUGUAAUCAUUGGUUGGCCAAUACAAACAUAUCGUAAACGUUUUGGUCCAUUAUAUAAUAUUAGUUUAUUAGUAACUAAUAUAUUAAAAAAUAUACAAUAUAGUAUAUUUCCUAUACGUAUUAAUCAUUUAAUAAGAAUAGGACAAUUUAGUAUUUUUCCAGAUCCUGGUAGAUGUUGGAUUAAUGUAAAUAAAAAUAAAAAAUAUAUAUUUUUUUUAAAUCAACCAGAUUGGUCUGGUUUUUCAAAAAUUACACAAUUACCAGUUGAAUAUACAAAUUAUGCUUAUAAUUCAAUUAUAAGAAUUAUGAAACUUGGAGCUGAUCCCCUCCAAAUGCGUUCAUUGUACCAUGAAGAUGUAUUAAAGGUCAAUGAAGGAAAUGAUUUAUUAUUAUCAUGUCGUGUACGUGGUCGACCUACACCAUUAAUUUCAUGGUAUGUUAAUCAGACAGAAAUUAAAAAUCCAUGGAGAUUAGAAACCGGACGUGGAAUAAUUCAAAAAUCACGAUAUUUAUCCAAACUUCAAUUGAGUAAUGUACAUACAACUGACAAUGCUAAUUAUACAUGUUUAGCAGAGAAUUUAAAUGGUCAUAUACGUAAAUCAGUACAAGUAAUUGUCAAACCAGCAACCACUUCACCCCCACUGACUACAACUCCUCCACCAAAAACAACUGAAAUGACAACUACUUCUGUACAUCCUUGUCACAAUUAUUGUCAUCGUGGACAUUGUUACAUAAUAGAUGGGAAACCAUAUUGCAGUUGCAUUUCCCAAUAUCGUGGAGUAAGAUGCGACCUUUUUACAACAGAAAAAGAAGAAGACCAUUUGGAACAAUUGCCAAUUAAUGAAUCAAAAUUUUAUUCAUGCGAAUCAGGCUGUGAAUCAAAUCUUGCUCGUAUUCUUUUAUUUUCAACAAUCGGUAUUCUUAUUAGUUUACUUUUAAUUUUCUUCUUAUGUUCAAUAUUUCAAAUAUGUUAUAAAAAGCGACAAUCAUCAAAUAGAGCAUGUUCAUCAGUGGUAAAAUCAACAGUUCCGAAAGAAGAUAAUCCAGAAAAUAACCCCUGUAAAUUCAAUCAAAAUCCAAUCAACUUAUCAUUACCUAAACAGAAUUCUUCAAAACUAUCUAAAAUAUACUUUAAUCCAUUAUUUGAUACAUAUAUAACGAAAGAAUGUUUAAUGAAUACUAAGACUAAUCCUAUUGAAAUAACCUCUCAGAGUACAAUUCGUGAACCUCACCAUCAUCAUCAUAUUCUCUAUAAUCAACAACUAUACAAUUCAAAUAUAAAACACAAUUGUACUAACAAUUUUCAAUCUAUUUAUUUUGAUCCUAAAAGAUAUUUAUCUUCAAAGUUAACUAUUAAUAAAACUCCUCAUUUAGAUCCAAAGCUUACCAACAAUUCAAUUGUUCAUAAAAAGUUAUCAAAAUUAUCAAACUUUGUUGAAUUCAUUGAAAGUUCUCCAACAGUUCAACGAUUCGAUUCUUUAACUACUUACUCUGAUCAUUUAUCAAGAAAAUCAAUGAUACCACAAACAAUCAAACGAUCCAUAGACCAACAAGACAACUCUGAUAAGAAUAACACUAAUCAUUUGAAAUCAAUGGAAUCUUCUCUAUUUCAUAAUAUACCAACAAAUGAAUUAAAUGAUUCCAAAUUUAUUCAUCCUUCAAAUGAUUUAAAUCUCUUUUCUACUAAUACAAAUUCUAAUUGUUCCAAAUUACCAAGUCAAUGUAAUUUAUCAUUACUUGACUAUGGUCAAUCAAAUUAUAUACCAUAUUCAAAUAUAGAUUCAGAAAUCAACCAAAUAUCAAUGGUGAAUAACUUACCGUAUACAAAUAAUAAUGAUCAUGUCAUUAAUAUGACAGAUUGUUUAAAUCAUUGUCAUUGUUCAACAUUCAAUAAAAUAACUAAUAUUGAACAUUUAUUAAAUGAUUCUUUAAUAUGGACUAAUUCUAAUAAUAAUCAUUCUCAUCAUCAACAUUACACAAUGAAUACAUCAUCUUUAUUAUCUUUAUCAAAUAAUUAUUGUCAACAAUGUUUAAUACAUAAUCAUUGUAACCAUAGAAACCAAAUAUCACAAAUAGAUCAAUAUGAAGAUUCUAGAAAUUCUUCAAUACAACGAGAAUUCAAUUCAAUGACAAAUACUUCUGAUAUUACUUGA